CCUACCACAUGUAAUGUUUAGAAAAUUCAUUCAAUCAAUGUCUGUCCGCUAAUGGGAAAUCCCGUCUAGUGUCCGGAUUAGUCGUCUACCUGCAUACCCUCAGAACAUGAAAAUGCCAGGUAGUACGUCAAGGUCGAUCCUCUUCCUCUGUCUAUUCCUUCGUAGGCACAUCAAUGGAAUGUAAAUUUCCAGGUAUAGGAUUUAUGAGCAAUUGGAAUUAAAGACUUAGUCGUGCAGUUUAGGAAGUGAGCAGAAAAUUCGUGAGUUUAUGUACGUGUAGUGAGAGGAGCAUGCGCAGUAGAAAAUGUGUGUGUACGUGCCGAAAUGGGUCCCUCUCAGUGGCGGACAUGACUGAACUACGCGAAGGGAAGGUGGGGUAAACGGAGAGUCGUGCAUUCUCCUCCGGGCCAUCGUUGUCAGUGUAUAUUCAGUGCGUGUUGUGGCUUGUUUAAAGUGUGUUGGGAUUGUUUUCCAUGCGUUCAUUUCUCGAGUAACAUGUCAUUAGCAUCUGACAAAUAAAGAUAACAGUCAACAAUGGUGAGAGAUACUUCAGGGCGCACACCCCGUAUUCAGGUGUUUCGGCCUACUUACGAGGAGUUUAAAAAUUUUCCGAAAUAUGUAGAAUAUAUGGAGAGCAAAGGAGCCCACAAAGCUGGUCUUGCUAAAGUCAUACCACCGCCUGAAUGGAUUCCACGAAAAGGUGGUUACGAUGUCGAGAGUAUGGAUCUCACGAUACCUGCUCCAAUUUGUCAAGUUGUUACUGGCAAACAAGGGCUUUAUCAGCAAAUUAAUAUUCAAAAAAAAUCCAUGACGAUUCAGGAGUACCAAAAACUCGCUAAUUCUGAACGUUAUGCGACUCCUAAACAUUUUGAUUAUGAAGAUUUGGAGCGAAAAUAUUGGAAAAAUAUUACAUACGUUGCACCUAUUUAUGGAGCUGAUGUCUCCGGCUCCCUUACCGAUCCUGAUGUUAAAGAAUGGAAUAUAAAUCGUUUGGGCACCAUUCUUGACUAUGUGAAUAAAGAUUAUGGAAUUUCUAUCGAUGGUGUCAACACUGCGUAUCUGUAUUUUGGCAUGUGGAAGACAACAUUUGCUUGGCACACUGAAGAUAUGGAUUUAUAUUCGAUAAAUUAUUUGCAUUUUGGAGCACCUAAAACUUGGUAUGCCAUUCCCCCGGAGCAUGGCCGUAGAAUGGAAAGAUUAGCUAAUGGAUUUUUUCCUGGAAGUUAUCAAAACUGUCAGGCUUUUUUGAGGCACAAGAUGUCACUUAUUUCCCCCCAGAUACUCCGGCAGUAUUCGAUACCAUGCAAUAAGAUUACUCAAGAAGCUGGAGAAAUUAUGAUAACGUUUCCGUACGGUUAUCAUGCUGGAUUUAAUCAUGGAUUUAAUUGUGCUGAAUCUACCAAUUUCGCUGCACCACGCUGGGUCGAAUAUGGCAAGAGAGCGACUCAGUGUACCUGCAGCAAAGAUAUGGUGAAAAUAUCAAUGGACACAUUUGUCAAACGAUUUCAGCCCGAGAGAUAUGACUUGUGGUUGCGAGGUGAAGAUGUUGGACCACAUCCUGAGGAUCCCAGGCAAACAGCAGCUCCUAUGCCAUCCCAAAUGGAUCUUAUGUGCAGUAAUAGUAAUGGUGAACUUCCCCAGAGUUAUUUAAAUGCUCCGAAAAAUAAACGACACACCAUUCACAAGAAAAAAUCAAUGUCUGGAGCCAAUUCCGAUUUAAAUAUGGAUGAGUUUGUUGAUCGUGCUGAUAUACCACCUGAAGUGAAGAAGGCAAUUCAAGAUCUCGAUUUGGAGGAGGAUCAGCCGGAUGAGCAACAGCUGGAGGUCCUGGAGGAUAUUUGGCUCAAAGCUGGAGAACUGGAAGUGGAGGAUGCCCAUAUUUACGAUGACGGUUACAGCCGGAAGAAAAAUCGUAAGAGGAAGAAAAGAGUGAAUUCAGCAGACAAGGAGCCGAGACGAAUAAAAACAAAAAAACCAAUUAAAUCAAAUUCUAUAUCCGAGCUUUCCAGUUCAACGGGUUCAUCAAAUUCAGGUACAAACCCAAAUUACUUGAAUAUAAUUGGUAACUCAGUGCCAUGUCUUGUUUUAUCUAAAAUGACAAACUUGGAUAAUUUGACUGGAAUUUUAGAUAGCGAGGCCAUUAAAAGAAAUAAUGCUGUACUGAAGGGAGAGGAGUCAUCCAUUUCUGAAUUAUCUGAGGCAUCUAAGAAGACAAAAAAGCAUUGUAAACAUGCAGAACGAAAGAAACACAAAAAACUUCAUGAGCAUAAGAAAAAAUUGAAAAACCUACCAGCAGUUAAUAUGUUCAAUUCACAGCUGCCUCUCGAUGUGUCAGACGUUGAUGUUCAGAGAAAAUUAAUGGCAAUGCCUAGCCUCUCAUCUCAAAAAACAUUAAGUAAAAAAGAUACCACGAAUGGUAGCUUUUUAUCCAGCAGUAUUAUCUCCCAAACUAGUGAGAUUUAUUCAAGUAGUACACCACAAAAAUUAUUACUUAAUAAUGAAAAAAUAACUACAUGUGACACCCAAAUGAAUACAACAAACUCACCACUUAAUCCAGUGAUAUUUUUGAAACAAGGAACUUCAACCGAAACCAGUGACUCAGGCACGUCACUAAUGAUCUCGUCGACGACAUUAGAUUCUUCAACUGAAACAAAACCAUUUACAUUCACAUCUUUAGUUGGCAGGCCGAUGAUGAGUUAUAAAAAUGAUAUCAUAAAAGCGCCAAAGUUAAGUGUGUUGAAAAAACCAGAGGUUGUUAAAAACGAUAUGUCAUCUGAAUCGCACGUCAAGGAGGAUAGAGAAACUCUGAGUGCAGCUGACAGUCUUCUGGUUCUCAAACAAACACCUUCGAGAUUGCAGUCUGACACUAAGACUGGUAUUUCACCAAGUACUAAUAUGAUGUUCUUGCAGAAAUCAAUAUUUCCACAAGGUGGGUUGAGAGACCCUCAGAUGUCUCAUGAGUGGUACGAUCAAAUUGAGAAAUUUAAAAUGGUACAAACACCAGUUUCGGACACAUCUAAGCCUAUUGUUAGCAUUCUUCCAAAUUCACCGUCAAAGCCGGCAUUCACAUUUACUGUCAACACAUCUUGCAUAAAUUCAGACACUUUGAAUGAUCAAGGAAAGGAUUUCCCUGACGGGAAUAAACUCAUGCAAAAAAGAUUCUUGCAAAUGCCCAUCAGUAAUUCAAAUUAUCACACUACUGAGCCUUCUGCAAAUAUAAAACCCAUUUUGUCAUCAGCAAUUGCAGGUACAGGGAGCGUUAACAUUGUUGGCCCCCAGAAUGACAAAAUCUUGACAUCCAAACCAUUUUCAAUUGGACAAAAAUUGUUCGCUCCGGUAACUCUUGGAACAUCAAUUCUCAAAUUCCCUCCGAAUAAUAAUGAAGGAGAGAUUGUUAUACCAAAUUCUCAGUAUCAAACAAAUUUUCAACAACAAAAUUCAUCGAAAUCAACGAAGAGAACUCCCAGAAAGAAAAUACCAACAAAAUUAUCACGCGCUAUUCAAAGCCCCGAGCAGAAUUACAGAGGAGUAGUUGAGCCGAGAAUGUGUUCUAUUGCCACUCAAGUGGAUAAUUUGACUCCAUUGGAAGAUGAAAUAACACUUGCAACACUUCCAGCAAACAACGAACCUCCAGAAAUCAUAUGGAAACAAGAUUUAGCACCUACACAGCCAUUAGUUCCGGUAACAUUACUAAAUGAUCAUACUGAGGAUACAAUGAAAUUCCAUCCACAAACCUGCAAUUCGAUAGCUGCUCCAGCUAAACAUUCGACUUUAUCCUUGCCAGAGACAUCCCCGAGUAGUAUCAAUACCAGAGUAAAGAAGUCACCGGCAUCGAAACGAAAGCUAAAGGAUAAAUCGGCUACAGUGCUUCUGGGAAACAGUCAAGAGGAAAUUGACCUGCCGCCUCCAGUGCUUAGCAUCGAACAGAAUUAUCCUAUAGUGAAGCAGGAGCCAAUGAAAACACCACCACCAAUAACAGGAGCAGCAGCAGCACCUUAUCCCGGUCAAAUAUUACCUGGACACAUUUCAACGAUGUUAUAUCCACAUAUCCCAGACUUGGAGACUCAACAGAGUUUUAAUGACUACUGGAGUGCUCAACUAUCUCACUGUGCAAUCUGUACUGCUUUUGCUGCAACAACUGAUAAAAAUUAUCGUCAAAUGCCACCAGACUGGAAAUACUGUAAGCCAACAGUUCUACCAGAAAAUUCACCAAUUUGGGUGUCAUCUUCAUUAUUUGCUGCUAAUUCCAAAGAGCAGAGUGUAGAACCGGAAAAUGACAAAUUACUCAGAUGUCGUGAGUGUCAUGUUACCGUUCAUGCCUCUUGCUAUGGGAUAACAGUAUUACCCACAGAUUUACCGAAUUGGGCAUGUGAUAAAUGUAAAGCUGGAAUGGUACAAGCCACAUGUUGCCUAUGCCCAAUGAGAGGAGGAGCUGUCAAAAGAACGAGUGACAGUAGAUGGGCGCAUAUUUUAUGUGCUCUAUUGAUACCCGGAGUAACUUUUAAAGAUCCAGUCAACAAAGAUCCUAUUAAUGUACUGACAAUAAAAACCGAUCUUGUGCGACAGACAUGCUCGUGUUGUGAUCAGAGGGAUGGAGUUUGUCUAGGCUGUCAUGUUUGUGGAGCUCUGUUUCAUCCGUCUUGCGGUCUUGUUACUGGCGCAACCUUCAUUAUACCAACGUAUAACAGUCAGGAACUUCAGGUCACCUGUCAUGGUCAUGCUAAUCGAAAGGAGAAUAGUCCAUUGAUUAGAAAUGGAGAAAUUGUAUGGGCUAAACACAGAAAUAAACGGUAUUAUAAGGCCACAGUGCAAUCUAUAGAUACACAUCUGUUCUACAUGGUCACUUUUGAUGACUCUAGCUUCAGUGAUGAUCUAUACCCUGGAGAUAUCACGAACUAUCAAGCUGGAAGUAUGCCCACUGUAGGAGCAGCUGUCAAAGUUAAGUGGACUGAUGGUCAGGUUUAUGAUGGCAUUUUUGAAGGGACAAAUCCUCGCUAUAUGUACACUGUGUUAUUUGAAGACGCAUCACAGUUGGUGGUAAAACGCGAUCAAAUUUACAGUUUACAGGAAGAUAUGCCACGAAGAGUACUCUCCCGCCUGGCUCUUCUGUCUAUUUUAUUUCCCAAGUCUACUGCAACUGAAAUGAAGCAUCGAUAUCAUCUUUAUGGUGCUGACAGUGAAUUUGAGAGUCAACGGAAGGAGAAACAGUCGGUGAAAAAGUUCAAAUAUUAACCAAACGACUGAAUUAAGUGAGAUAAUGAAAUGUAUUAAAUAUUUUUUUUGUAAAUAGCUGGAAUGAUUUAUUAUUUUCGUUUCACAGAAAAUUAUAUCUAUCUUUAUGUAAAUGCUUACUCAUUUAAGUAUACAUAUAUUAUCUAAAUGGGAAACAUAUAAUAUUUAUCUUUGAGUUUAUUUUACACUUGACUCAAUUUUUUAUUGCAAUAGAGCCGAAAUUUGUUCUUUAAUCAAUUUGACGUUCGUGUGCAAGAUUUUUUUUUUUAUACGUUUCAUCACUCGCGGUAAUGAAAUUAUGAUCUAAGUCCACUGAGGUUUCCAUUUUCAAUUUUUAUACGUUGCACAAUGUAUGGACUGAAAACUAUUGUUUGCAGAUUAACAGGAUAAAAACUGAAAUGAAGUGAGUGACAAGAUAGUGAUAAUUGAUAAUUUAUAAAACAACUACUACAUGUAUUAUAUAUAUUAUCGUGUGAAUAUUGUAAUUAGUCUUGAAACUUUAAGAAUAUGACUUAAAUAUGAAACAAAGUGUGUACUCUUCAUCUGAAAAUACAACCUCGAGUGUUCGAGUGUAGUUUGUUUAAUAAUUGAUAAUAAUGGAAUUUAUAUUAUAAAGAUACUUGUAAAAAAUAAUUUCUGAGACAGAGUAAAGCGAUACUACUGGACAGAAUUUCUAAGGUCUAUGGAGAAAUUUCGCAUCAUGAUUUAUUUAUUGAACAAUUGUUCAAUCAUGAUUUAAAAUACGAUGACGAUUAAAUUUUUAAUUGGUGAAUGCUUAUUGCAAUGAAAUAAACAUGCUAAUUGUUGUAUGUAACAAUAAAGAAAGAUUUAUGAACGAUGAAGCAAUCAAAUAA